AUGCUGGGCACAACCAACGCCGCCGUAACAACCACAACCACAACCAUGGAACACCAAGACACCUCUCACUUCAAGCUCACAGCUACAUCCUGCGGCACCUGCGCCGUCCAUUUCGACAACCCAGAGACCCGCCGCGCCCACUCAAAGAGCCAGUGGCACGUCACGAACCUCAAGCGCCGCAUCGCCGGCCUCGAACCAUUAACAGCGGAGCAACACGCCGCUACCGAAGGCCCCGCCGAGCCGAAUGACCCCACCACCGACUCCGCCUCCGAAGAGUCCUCCGAUUCCGAGGCCGACGCUGAGCCCGCGCACGACUUCGUCCCUGAAGACUGCCUCUUCUGCAAGACUUCCUCGGAAAGCUUCGACGACAACGUCGCACACAUGCACAAGGCGCAUGGCAUGUUCAUUCCCGACCAGGACAAGCUCAUCGUCGACCUCGAGACGCUCGUGCGCUACCUGCACCUAGUCAUCUACGAAUACCGCGAGUGUCUCCAAUGCGGGACCCAGCGACGCACGCCGGCGGCGGUGCGACAGCACAUGGUCGGCAAGAACCACUGUCGCUUCGAUAUCGACAGCGAGGAUUCCGAGUUUAGGGGCUUUUACGAGGACUCGGCUGCGGAAGAUUCGAAGGAGGAAAGCGACACGCGCAAGGCCAUCUCAGAAGCCGCGGAGGAGGGCAGCGCCAUUCAUCUCCCUUCGGGAAAGACAAUAUCUCACCGCUCCGACCCAGCGGCGUCCCGUCCUCGCACCAAGGCUAGAACAGCGCCGAACGGCUCGACCUCGGAGAACCUGCUCCCGGAGGUCCCGGAGGGAUCUGAUGUUGACGAAUCAAAGGCAAGUCAGCAGCUCACGGCGCCGGGCGCAGGAAAGAAGGAUAUCGACAUGAAGGCGCUUACGCGCGCCGAGAAGCGCGACGUCGUUUUCGAGACGCAGCUCGCGCGCCUGAGUAUCAACGACCGUACGGCCCUUGCGCACCUCCCUGUCUCCGAGCAGCGGAGCGUGCUGUUGACGCAGCAGAAGCAGCUGGAGAAGGCGGAAAGGGCUGCCAGGAGGCUGCAGACGAGGUUGGAGAUGAAGACGAAUAAGACUGCGCAGGGACACUUUGUGAAUGAUGUUCCUGGGAGGAAGAACGGUUGA